CAAAUCUCUGCAAUAUGUGUGCAAGAAAAGCAACUACAACAACAACAACAUCAACUAGAACAACAACAACAACAACAAAAACAACAUCCGGCCAUGCAUCGGCUGACCUCAUCGACGACAGCGGCUACUGUGGCAGCAGCAGCAGUCGUUCGUCCUGGCUGGCGCAAGGACAACGUUUAAACUUGCGCAUAUUUAAACUUUUGAUUAGCUGCUCUGCCCUAAUGUGCUGCAUUUAUACAAAUGCCUGGCAAUUGUCCAUGCUGGGCCAACUGGGCACCGGGGUCAUGGCCGGCAGCAUCAAGGGACGGGGCGAAACGCAUCGCCUCGAUGAGAUUGGUGCCGGCUCCUUGACGCGCUCCUGGCUAACCCAGAGCAACAAUCAUGCCAACAUCUCUGAAUUGCUGGACAAUUUGCUGCGUGGCUAUGAUAAUAGCAUUCGACCGGAUUUCGGUGGUCCACCAGCUACCAUUGAAGUGGACAUAAUGGUGCGCAGCAUGGGCCCAAUCUCAGAAGUGGAUAUGACGUACUCGAUGGACUGUUACUUUCGACAAUCCUGGGUGGAUAAACGACUCGCCUUCGAGGGUGCCCAGGACACGCUGGCGCUGUCAGUGUCAAUGCUGGCGCGCAUCUGGAAGCCGGAUACGUAUUUUUACAAUGGCAAACAGAGCUAUUUGCACACGAUAACCACGCCGAACAAGUUUGUGCGCAUCUAUCAGAAUGGCCGUGUCCUCUACUCCAGUCGUCUGACAAUUAAGGCAGGCUGUCCCAUGAAUCUAGCGGAUUUUCCCAUGGACAUACAGAAAUGUCCGCUCAAGUUUGGCUCAUUUGGCUAUACCACGUCGGAUGUCAUUUAUCGCUGGAACAAAGAGCGUCCGGCAGUUGCCAUUGCGGAGGACAUGAAAUUGUCCCAAUUCGAUUUGGUCGAUUGUCCGGCGGGUAAUUUGACGGACAUUGUUUACAAGGCAGCGGCACCGAUGCCGCAGAGCUACAAUAACAAGGACACGCUGUCAACCAAACAGCCACCCAGCAGCAGCAGCACCACCAACACCCUCACCCACACCCACAGCAACAGCAACAGCAACAACAACAAAGUGUUGACAACUUUCGCUGGGCCGGGAGCCAAAAAUCAACAUGUCCGCGGCACGGGCUUGAAGCUAGACAAAGGCGCAUUUGGCUCGGGUCGCGGCAUUGCCGGCGGCGGGGGUCUUGUCACUAAUCUGGCCGGGAGCAUCAGCCUGGAAACCCAUCAUCCAUCGGAGUACUCCAUGCUGAUGGUGAACUUCCAUCUGCAGCGGCACAUGGGCAACUUCCUGAUCCAGGUCUAUGGGCCGUGCUGCCUGCUCGUGGUGCUCAGCUGGGUCUCCUUCUGGCUGAAUCGUGAGGCGACGGCGGAUCGCGUUUCGCUGGGCAUUACCACGGUGCUGACGAUGACGUUCCUGGGCCUGGAGGCGCGCACGGAUUUGCCCAAGGUGUCGUAUCCCACCGCUUUGGAUUUCUUUGUGUUCCUCUCGUUCGGAUUCAUCUUUGCCACCAUCCUGCAGUUCGCAGUGGUGCAUUACUUUACCAAAUACGGGUCGGGCGAGUGCUACUUCAUCAUCGAGGAGCUGGACACGGAUUCGGUAGAGUCCGAAACGGACAUGGACGCCAGUGGCCAGUCGGAUUUUCGCGGCAGCAGCGAGUCCAAGAUCUACGAGGUCAUACCGCUCUCCAUGUGCGCCAUCAGCAUGCCAGCGUCGGGCGGCAGUCGGCUCGGCAUGCUGCACUCCAGACGCACCACGCGCAACCGCCGCCACGGCCUGGGACGCUUCAGCCUGUGGCGCUGCCUGGAAUGGCUCGGCUGCCGGCGGCGGCAGCGACGUCCGCCGCGCAAAGCCACCUGCUCCGACGAGGAGGAGGAGGACGACGAACAGACUCAACUGCGUGCCGAUGAGGCGCCCUGCACCUCGGCAGCAGCUGCAGCCGCCGCAGCCGCUGCAUCCUCGGCUGGCCAAAGCUCGCCGCCCCAUGUGGGCCGGCGUCGCAUGUCCUUCUACAGGCGCGAGGAGAUGGAGGCGAGGCGCAAGGGCAAACGCACGCCCCAAUACAAUUCGGUGUCGAAAAUCGAUCGCGCCUCCCGGAUCGUAUUCCCAUUGCUGUUCUUCCUGAUCAAUGUGUUCUACUGGUAUGGCUACCUGUCGCGCAGCUCACGCAUCUUGGCCAACACGCAGACGAGCACCUGAUGUUACCUUUUAGCAAUUUAGACACAGUCCUCAAAAGAAAUCAGCGUUCCACAGAGGCAGCGGAGGAUCUAGAGCAGGGGCAAUGGCAAGGAUGUUUAUCAAGUAUACAUAUACAUUGAAUAUAUGAUCUAUGUGUGGGAAUUUCGGCUUCAGUUAUUUGCUCUUAACCUGAUUUGCUACCAACUACUAUGAACGCUUUACACGAUUUCUUUUCGCGCUAAAUUGCUAAAUAUUUCAAUGCAAAACUUACAUAUCACAGGACUACAAUUUGUAAAUAUAUAUACAUCGGGCAUAUGCCAUAUAGAUCAUAUGUGUAUAUGCCAUGUGUAUGUAUAGCUCGAGUGUCAAUAUUAUUUGUACAGUUAGCCUAUAAGUUGCCAGUUCUUGGAGCUUUUAAAUGCUUAG